AUGGCAGCACACAUAUCAUCGCCAUCUUCCGAUGACUCAAAAGUGGAACAGUUUCGCAAGCGUGUGUGCAAAGCUUGCGAUCGCUGCCGGUUGAGGAAGUCUAAGUGUGAUGGUGCCAAACCAUGCUUACGCUGCCGGUCGGAUAAUACUAUUUGUGUCUUCGGGGAGCGAAAAAAAGACCACAAGAGGGCGUACCCACAAGGACUAAUCACCCCCCGCUCCUCCAGGUACGCCGAAAAGCUCGAAGAACAACAACAAUGGCUUGUUCAUGGUCUCCAGGAACUGUAUCGUCGCAUCACAGAAGAUGAAGCAUGGGCUGGGGAUCGUUUAAGCGCCGAACUUAACGAUCGCCCGUCCGUUCACAACAUUCUCAAUCGCCUUGGCGCCCUUGACCACCGUGUUGGUCAGCGUUUUGAACAGAAUACCGAAUUAAUACAACAGAGCCUCUGGCGUGAAAAUAAAACAAAUUGUGAGAAAUGCAAUGACAGCUUUGAGGGAGUGCAGUCUCACGUUGUCAAUCUGCAGAUCCCCCUUGACGCGUCGCUCGAAAAAGGGGGUUCCUCUCGCCCCUUCAAGCAAGCCCCUCUGCUACCCACAACACAGCCCACUAUUUCAUCAAUAAAGGACGACGUGAGCAUUCACACCCCUCAGUCCCCCACCUCUCAAUAUGGUCCCGCGGUACGCAAAGCUAGCAACUGCGAUAAUUUUCUUUUUUUGGAUGACAUGGACAUGAUGGCUACCCCCGACUACUCAAACUUCGUCUUCAACGAACUUUUCCCACCCUCCCCUUUCAAUUCUGACAUUCUGAUGGACUUCAACCCGUCCAGCGAAUACGAAGAACCUCGUUACUUCACCGGGUGCGAUCCAACGGAGAUGACAUCGAUCUACGGAAAGGAGGGCCCAGCUUAG